AUGGUACAACGCCCCUCCAGCAGAGAUGGCUUCCAUUUCGCCAUCAUCUGUGCGCUGCCUCUUGAAUUCGAUGCUGUCUGCGACUCGCUUGAUGAAGUUUGGGAGGGGCGAAGCGAAGCCCUUGGGAAAGCUGCUGGUGACUUGAAUCGUUACACCCUAGGAUGCGUAGGGAAUGUCCUUGUUGUUGUUGUUCUUCUGCCCGGGAAGGGCAAAGUUGAUGCCGCGAGUGCCGCAGCAAGUCUGCGCUCCAGCUAUAACAACUUGCGUACCGUUCUUGUUGUUGGGAUUUGUGGUGCCUUGCCGAAUCUGUUCGAUGAAACCGAAACUGAAGUCUUGCUUGGAGAUGUCAUCAUGAGCGAAUACGUUGUACGAUAUGACUUUGGCAGCCAGUGUCCAGACGAUUUCAAGCCAAAUAGAUCGAUUGAAGACACGCUCGGCAGGCCUAAUAAAGAGACUCGGAUACUAAACGCUCAUCUCAAGACUCAGCGCUACCGUGAUAAGUUGGAAGACAGCGCCUUCAAACUUCUACAACAUCUACAGGCGAAGAUGGGAGAAACCAAGCACCGGGGUAAAUACGACUAUCCAGGGCCCGCGCACGACAGGCUUUUCGAUUCAAAGUAUCGCCAUAAACACCAAGAUGCCGAUGCUUGUAAUACGUGUCGUGCUUGUAUCUCUAAUGCCGACCCAGUGUGUGAAAGUGCGCUUAGGUUGGGAUGCGCAGAUCUUGGAUGCAGCAAUGACUAUCUGAUUCCCCGUGACCGCCUGAAAGAGCGAGAGCGGGCAGAAGAAGCAGGCAGUUUGGGAACUCCGGCACUGGUCAUUCACACAGGCGGAGUCGGCUCUGCCGAUACUGUGAUGAAAUCAGGCGAGGCGCGCGACAGGAUAUCAAGGAGAGACAAAGUCAUUGCCUUCGAAAAGGAGGGGGCAGGUGUGUGGGACGAAUUACCAUCGUGUAUCAUCAUCAAGGGUGUAUGUGACUACGCCGACUCCCACAAGCCAAAAGGAUGGCAGAAAUAUGCUGCGGCAACUGCAGCAUCUACGGCAAAAGCUCUGCUAUUGCACUUUUUCGAAGACGGACAGACCAAGGCGCGGACUCGGCACCGGAUAUUCUCCGUGCCCUUCGCUGAAAACCAUGGCUUUGUUGGUCGCAAGACCGUGGUCAAGUCUUUGGUCGACGAUUUGUUUGCCAAGAGAAAGGAUCGCGUUGCUUUGGUCGGGAUCGGCGGUGUAGGCAAGACGCAAGUGGCUCUGAGGAUUGCCUACCUGAUGGAUAAUAGAGAAGCGAAGUACAGUAUACUCUGGCUACCUGCAUUCAGCAUGGCUACCUUUCAGCAGGCAUGUGCGGAUCUUGUGAAGAAGCUAAACCUUCCAAGCACCAAGGGUGACGAUGCCAGGGAACUGAUUCAGCAACAUCUAAGUUCAGAACGUGUUGGCCGAUGGCUCCUCAUUCUGGAUAAUGCGGACAGCGAAGACGUCCUGCAGGGAUCUGAAGGUGUUCACGGGAUAUAUGCCUACCUGCCACGGAGCCGGAGAGGCCAAAUCCUCGUUACAACACGGUGGCGGAAAAUAGCCGUCGAUUUUGCAAAGCAAAGCGUGAUCGAGAUUGCGGAGAUGGAGCAUAACGAGGCGAAGAAACUAUUACAGAACUCCCUGUCGUCCGAACAUUUUACAUGGGAGGACCAUACGGUGAACGAGCUGCUGCAUUCAUUAACUUAUUUGCCGCUAGCUAUUGCACAAGCAGCAGCCUAUAUGGACAUUUUUAGAGUACCCAUCGAAGAAUAUCUUAGGCUUUGCCGCCACUCUCAGCAAGACAUGAUGGAACUGAUGCAUAACCGAUACCAAAAUGAUACACGUUACGACGAGAGCCAGGGAGCGGUAGCUACAACCUGGUUGGUUUCCUUCAACCAGCUCCAAAAGUACAACAAAGCGGCCACAAAGUUACUCCUCUUCAUAAUAUGGAUCAAACCUCAAGCUAUUCCCUGGUCGAUAUUGCCUGAUGUAGGGUCGGAACAGGAAAAAGUAAAGGCAAUAGGGACACUUAGCAGUUUUGGCUUCCUUCGAGCGAGACCGGAACGGGGGAUGUUUGACAUGCAUAGUCUAGUGCAUAUGGUCAUACGGUUUUGGGCCCAUGAACAAGGAAUCGAUACAAGAACAAAGGCAGACGUGCUCCAUCACCUUGCUAAAGUAUUCAUAUCAGAUACAUGGGACGAGCAAGUCGAAUGGCGAUCCCACUUACCGCACGUACUUCACGUAUUCAAAACGUGUCGACAAAUAGACCCAAUUUCAGCAUCGAAAAUAGGUUUUUGGGCAGGAGCAUGGCUACUCCAAGAUGGCCGGGUCAGGAAAGCACUUACAGUGAUUGAGCAAGUUGUCAAAAUCCGAGAGACAGCGCUGGUUCAAGAUGACCCACUUCGAUUGGCAUCUCAACGUCUCUUGGGAAUAGCAUAUCAAGCCAAUGGGCAAGUUAAGGAAUCAAUGAUGCUUAUAGAGAACAUUCAAAGGGUGACACCAGCUGAAGAUCAGCAAGAGCAAUUGGAACUGCAACAAGACCUGGCACAAGCAUAUCUAAAAAAUGAACAAUUCGAGGCAGCAAUCACGCUGCUAGAGGAUAUCGUCAAGAUCGAGGCAACGAUACUUCUCCGGGAUGAUAUAUCACGACUAUUAUCGCAACAUCUAUUGGCAGUAGCUUAUAGAUCUGAUGGACAGAUAGAAAAAGCGAUUACGAUACUGGAAAAGGUUGUUAAGAUUAAGAAAACGACGCUACCUCACGAUGACCAAUCACGACUGGCAUCGGAAUAUCAGUUAGCAAUUGCUUAUCAAGCCAAUGGACAAUUUGCGGAAGCAAUUGCACUACUAGAAUAUGUCGAGAAGAUCAUAACGACGACGCACACCCGGGAUCACCCAUCACGACCAAUAUCGCAGCAUCGUUCAUCAGUAGCUUAUGGAUUCGAUGGACUGAGAAAAACAACGAUUACACUGCUAGAAAGGGUUGUCAACAUGAAGGUUGCGUUAUACACCGAUGACGACCAAUCACUAUUGAAAUCGCAACAAAAGUUAGCGGUAGCUUAUACAGCCAGUGGACAGAUAAAAGAAGCAAUUGCAUUACUGGAACAUGUUGUCAACGUUGAGGCGGCGACGCUUACUCAGAAUGACCCAUCACGACUAUUCACGCAACGUCAGCUAGCAAAAGCUUAUAGAGCCAACGGACGGAUUAAGGAAGCAAUCGCACUACUAGAACACGUUGUCAAAAUCCAAGAGACAGUGCUUGCUCAGGGUCAUCCAGCGCAACUUUCAUCGCAACAUGAUUUAGCAGAGCUGUAUGAAGAUAAUGGGCAAUUGGAGGAGGCGUUCGCACUAUACAAAGCAUGUUUAUAG